UGUUGGCUUGAAGGAGGAAGGGCAUACAGACAGAAGGAGGAUUGCAGUAGCUGGAGGAGAGCGAGUUUGUUACUGCCUAGCUGUACCGGCGCAGUCUUCACACUGCGUCAUUUGGCGCGGCCAUAGCUAGUAUCCAACACAAGCACUGUCAUUACGUGUGUUCGUCGAGAAGCGAGGAAGCAUAUCGUCUAUUGUUCAUCUGGCAUCGACAUCGUCAGCAUUGCGACUUCCCGACCGCAAAGCCAGCCGCUCACUCUGCCCCUUGCGCGCAAGUUUCCCUUCUUCUUCUAACAAAGCACAUAUCCAUUCUUGUCUAACCCCAGUUCUUGCCCAUCAUGUCUCUGCCAGCUGCUGAAGUGGCUGCCGACUUUCGGGAUGCCUUGCAAGAUUUGAGGAUGAACAGCAGACCUGAGAUUAGCAAUCUAACCCUCAUCGCCAAGGAAAACACAGAAUACGCGGAAGCUAUAUCCAAUGAGCUUCAGAAGCAUAUCCAAUCGACACGCCCUGAAUGGAAACUCCCAGCCCUCUAUGUUCUUGAUUCGAUUGUCAAGAAUGUCGGCACCCCAUACACUGUCUACAUCGGCCGCAACCUUUAUAGAACCUUCAUGGACGCCUAUCUCGUCAUGGACCAGAACACUCGCAAGAACAUGGAAGGCCUUUUGAAGACGUGGAAGAUGCCUGUGCCCGAGUCCAUGGACCCACGUCCUGUAUUCCAGGCCGACGUGACGCAGGAUAUUGAGAAUGCACUGGCUAAGUUCCGCGCAGCUCAGCAGCAGAUUCGACCACAGCACGCGCUUCCACCUCGUCCUCCGUCGCUCAACGUCGCUUGGAGAGGUACGUCAACGCCGCCUCAAACUGGCCCGCGUUAUGCUGCUCCUAACGACCCACGUGCUCGACCAACACAACCUCCGACUCCUCAGUAUGGGCCACCAUCUCACACAGCCACACCACCUACAUACCAACAGCCUCAGCAACACGCUCAGCCCAUGUCAUCGGUUGACCUUGCUGACUUGAAGGUGGAAGUAACUCAGCUCAUCAGUGCAACACAGAACAUGUUCGCACACAACCCAGCUGAUGCUGCUCUACGCACAAAGUUGUCCGCACUGUUGUCCUUGAAGCAAAUCCUAGAUACACAGACAUUACCUCCUCAGCAAUUAGAGGCUGUACGCCAACAAGUUCGAGCAUUGGCACCUCCACCAGCGCCAACACCGACAUUUGCUCCUUCUACGCCAGUAUAUCCGCCACAACAAGCAAUGCCUCCAGGUUAUCCGCCCAACUUUUCUCCGAUGGGUGCACCUCCGAGCAGUGCUCCACCAAACGUCGCGCAACUUCUUGCAGGCUUCCGACCACCGCAGCAAUCAACCCCGCAACCUGCCUCAACUCCUAAUCCACCCGCUUUGAAUUUGGCGGAACUACUCAAACGCGUAUCUUCCCCAGCACAAUCGAACUCAGUACCCGCCCCAGCUCCGUUUCAAAUGCCCUUCCAAGGCUUCCCGCCACCAGUCUCGACUCCAGUGCCAGCACCUCAGGCUCCCCCACCGACCCAAUCCGCGACGCCCACUGCCAACCUUGCGGCAUUGCUUGCACAAUUCAGCAAACCUGGUGCGGCACCACCCUCAAUGCCACCCACGCCCGUACAAAGUACCCCCCUUCCUCAAUUACCACCUCAACCCCCAGCUGCUCCCCCUGCUCUAGGGUCAGCCGAAUGGCUCCUAAAAGCUUUAAGUGGUGUGCCUGGUGGCAUGCCUGCGAACUCAACUCCAGUUGCGUCUCAGCCGACCACGCAACAGGCACCAGCGCCUAUUAGUUUGACGGACCAGAUCGAGCUUACCACUGCGUCGAUGAAGAAACCUCGUCUACAUCUCAUAUCACGCCUCUACGAAGCCAAGCCCAACAUCUGCGCCACAUGUGGCCGUCGCUUUGAGAGCACACCCGAAGGCAAAGAGAAAAAGGCACGUCACAUGGACUGGCACUUCAAGGUCAAGGAUCCUGAUGCUGGUAAGCGAGGUGUACACCGCAGUUGGUAUAUUCCUGAGAAGGAAUGGAUCGAGUACCGUGAAGUCGAUGAGACUUCUCCGAACCACUCCAACGAUGCUUCUUCCGGUAAUGGUGCCGCUAAACCAAAGAAGCAGGCCAAAGAUCGGUAUGUGAGCGUACCACAAGACGUCACACUACAGCAGGCGCCAUGCCCCAUUUGUCAGGACAAGUUCGAGACGCAGUGGAACGUAGAGGCCAAUGACUUUGUAUGGAUGGAUGCUGUGAGUGUAGGUGGUAAAAUAUACCAUGCUACUUGUUUUGAGGAGGUAUAUGGCAAGGGUGUUGGUAUAGAGACACCAGGCACACCGGAUUCAGUUCUCGGAAAGAGAAAGGCUGACAUUGGCGCCAAUGGCGACGGAAAGAAGGUUAGGGCCUAUUGAAACAGGCUUCAACUUUCAUACGAUGGCUUUUCCUCUUCUUUUCCAAGAAACGCGGUGAUCGUGAGCUUUUGCAUGCAUAGCGUGGCGUUAUAGGGCUCAUCACACCCUUCUUGUAUAUUUUGGCACCGCUAUAUAAUGAUGAGGGCCUGCAUAUAAGCCGUAUCAAUGAUGGUUAUUAGCGAAUCCACUUUCAGGCCACCAGUUGUAUUAAUGUAAAUAUGUUUGAAGAAAAAGAUCAUCGUCUUCGCA